CAUUUUUCGAUUGGAUGGGUCUGAGUACAACAUUCAGACAUGGCGGAAGGAACGGUGGAGCAGGUUACGAAUGGAGAGCAAGAAGAAGCAUAUUUUUACCGAGAAAGGAUUAAAUGUACACCAGAAGAGGAGACAAGGCUCGAAAGGCAACACUUUUGGAAAGUGAUCGAUGCGUUUAGAUACUACAGGAUGCAUGUUCAGGAGCGGGUGAAUCGAGCAGAACGUCAGUUCCGGAGUCUUCCGGAGCAUCACCAGCUGCUGCUGCCCGGGGUCUUGCCCAACCUGGCCCGUAUCCGCCGCAGUGUGGACCACAACCAGGAGGUGCUGCAGGCCAUCGUGCUCAACUGUGUCCACAUGUUUGAGAACAUGGAGUACGGCGAAGAGGAUGACCUGAGGAAGGUGGGUACGUCUUCCACUUUCGACAUGGACAAGCUCAAGUCCACCAUUAAGCAGUUUGUGCGUGACUGGAGUGAGGCGGGCCAGGCUGAGAGAGACUCCUGCUACCUGCCCCUCAUCCAAGAGAUCCAGAGACUCUUUCCCAGCAACAAGUGUGAUGUGUCCAAGGUGAGCGUGCUGGUUCCAGGGGCAGGGCUUGGUCGCCUAGCGUGGGAAAUCGCUCGUCUGGGUUACGCCUGUCAAGGCAACGAAUGGAGUUUCUUCAUGCUAUUCUCCUCAAACUUCGUCCUCAACAGGUGUGAAAAGGUCAACUCCAUGACCCUGUACCCCUGGAUCCACCAGUUCAGCAACAACAAGAGGUCAUCUGACCAGACGCGGCCAAUCAGCUUCCCAGACGUCAACCCCCAGAGCCUGCCUCCAAACUCGGACUUCUCCAUGGUGGCAGGGGACUUCCAGGAGGUCUACACAGAGCCUAACACCUGGGACUGUGUGGCUACCUGCUUCUUCAUCGACACGGCGCACAACGUCAUCGACUACGUAGAGACCAUCUGGAACAUUCUCAAACCUGGAGGCGUGUGGAUCAAUCUUGGCCCACUGCUGUACCACUUUGAGAACAUGGCCAAUGAGCUCUCCAUCGAGCUCAGCUACGAGGACGUCAGGGAGGCCAUUUUAAAAUAUGGAUUCCAUUUGGAGGUGGAGAGAGAGUCUGUACCCACUACAUACACGGAGAAUGAUCAGUCCAUGCUGAAGUACCUGUACGACUGUGUUUUCUUUGUGGCAAGGAAACCUGACCAUCUGUAUGCCAACGGUUUCCAGGUGGUCCAUGAGAACAGACUGGAAGCGUCGCCACGGCGAGAGAGCUGCGACAGUCUGACGUGACAUCGUCUGUCAUGACAUAGCAGAGCAACAACCGAAAAAACGCGAUUGGCCACUGCCGAGAGCAUAAAAAAAAAGAGUAAGAUGACAGAAACACAAGUCAAUGGACAGGUUUGCUUUCAUGUUUCUUCUUCUUUAUAUUAUCUAAUCGCCAGAGCUGCCCAAUCACCUUCCUUCCCCCCUGAGCCUUUGAGAUUGAGACGGAUGCCUAUUAUGAACUCAAGUGACUAAAUCUUUCAGCCCAGGACUGUUUGUCUUCAGUUAAAGAGGCAAGGUGACGCCUCUAUGGUGACCUGAUGUAGUUGCAUGCUUGUCAGAGACCCGCCUCUGUCUUCCCAAUAUAUUUAUUUUGUAAAAUAGUUACCAACUCUGGCUAUUUAUAGUAUUUUUUUUGUUCAUCACUUAAAGUCAGUUGCUGAAGUGGCUGGAGUUGGUAAUACUGAGGGUAGGACAAAGUUAUUUUAACCUUUAUUAUAUGAUUGGACACAGAUUGAGUUUCAGCAUUACAACCUGGAUCUAGUUACUGUCUCACUUAACAAUAAAGAAAAACACAAUUCUUAAAAAAAAAGAAACAUGUUUCAUUGACAGGGGGAUUGUCGAAUUUAGUGUCUUUAGGGUCGUUCCAUGAAAAGUGCCUUUGAUAUUAACUAUUAAUUGUGCACCAAUAUAGAAUUUUUAAAGCCUGAUAUAUAAAUGAAGUGCCCUUUUAAUAUAGACCACAUGGAGAAUUCAAUAAAUCAGAUUUAUUUUAUGAAUAAAGACUUGCUCAAGUGCCAA